ACGUAGCAAGAUCCCACAAUAAAUACUGCGCCUGUGCGCAAACACUCCUUUGUCGAGUGAAGCAACUGCCUGCCUGCAGGCGCAGUGUGUUCUUGUGUAUCAACGCUGAUUACAAGACCAUCACAGAGGACAGCAAGUAGGGAGGAUCAGGAUGAAGACCUUUUCCGUGCUUUUGCUGACUUUCGUCACAUCUGCAGCAGCCUCUCAGAGAGGAAACAACAUCCAGCUCGGCAAGCGGAACAUUUUGGUACGUUCCAAAAGGUGGGUUUUGACGACAAUUGAAUUGGUUGAGGAAGACCCAGGGCCUUACCCCAAAGAAGUAUCUCAGGUAUUCAACGACAAGACAUCCCAACACAAUAACCACAAAUAUGUUAUAAGAGGAAUGGGCGUGGAUGAGGAGCCACUGGGCGUCUUCACGCUUGAUGAGAAAAGCGGAAUCAUCUACGCCCACAAACCCAUCGACAGAGAGGAGCAUAGUUUCUUCCAUAUCAAGUUCGACAUUUUGGACAAACAAACGGGUAGAGCAAUAGACCGAGAAUUAGCAUUUGACGUUGCCAUAAAAGACAUCAAUGACAACGCACCCAAAUUUAUUCUUCCGCAAAUGAGCGCUGAUGUCAGGGAGGACACAGCGGAGGGCUACUUGCCAAUUAGAAUCGAGGUCAUUGACCCUGAUCAAGAGAACACCCCAAACUCUACAGUCACCCUGAGUGUGAUAUCACAAUCCCCGCAAGUUCCUAAAAUUGACUUACACCAGAUUGAUCCCCAAAUGGCUCAACUUACAUUUAAAGGGUGUUUUGACUACGAUAAAUUCAAGAAAUAUGAAAUAGUGCUUCAAGCGAAUGAUCACGGAAAACCCUCUUUGUCCUCCACCGCUGUUGUCACUCUCAAUAUUAUUGACGCCAACAAUCAUCCACCAAUAUUCAAAGCAAGGAAGUAUCAAGGUGAAAUCCCUGAAAUGGUCGAACGGGGCAAUGUUUUAAGACUUGCAGUAGAGGACAAAGACACCCCAAAAACUCCUGGCUGGAGGGCCAAAUACUUCAUCAUCAAAGGAAACGAGGAAAACAAUUAUAAAAUUGAAACUGACCCUGACACUAAUGAGGGGAUUCUGAGUGUUAUCAAGGGUAAAGAUUUUGAGAAAUCAACCAUUACAAAUCUGCAGAUUGGGGUAGAGAACGAGGAGCCACUAUUUGUAUGUCAAGACGCAGCGUCCAAGAACAAAGGCGGCGUUGAUUCAGUUAACGUUACGAUGAAAGUGAUCGAUGUCAACGACCCACCUCAGUUUGACAAAGAUUCAGUUGAUAUAUACGAGAAGGAAGAGGAGGAGCCGGGAAAGUUGCUAUACACUCCAAAAGUUCAUGAUGCUGAUUCGGAUGUAUCCAAAAUUAGGUAUGUCUUGUUAGACGACCCUGCUGAUUGGGUGACCAUUGAUAAAACAUCAGGAAAAAUCACAACCACUAAGAAGAUGGACAGAGAGUCACCGUUUGUUCACAAUGACAUUUACAAAAUAUUGAUUGCAGCAAUAGAUGAUGGUGAGCCUCCAGCCACAGGCACAAGCAGCAUCUUGGUUCGCCUUGUAGAUAUCAACGACAACAAGCCAAAGUUGCGCAAUAAUAGUGUGACAAUGUGUGGAAACAAGGCCAUGCUUGCUCCAAAGGAUCUGGACUUGGAUCCUUACAGUGGGCCCUUCACCAUCUCACUAAAAAGUAAUGAUGCAAGACAAUUACAGCGAUGGAAAGUGGAGCCUAGCUCGGGUGAGGAAGUCGGGCUACUUAGCCUGAAGACACUCGCUUAUGGCAAUUACUCGGUGCCCCUCGUGAUUGAAGACCAACAGGGCAUAACUGGAGAGGAGACUGUUGUUGUAACCGUGUGCGACUGUGAAGGAGGAAAUGUGUGUCGUCAUAAAAAGCCGGUCUCGGCAAGUCUGGGACCGGCUGGCAUUGGACUCAUCAUUGCAGCACUGCUUUUGUUUUUGUCAGUAAUCUUCUUCAUCUUGAAGUGUGAAUGUGGAAAACAGUUCAAGCAUUUAGACGAGAUACAUCAAGAUGAAGGUCACCAGACCUUAAUCAAGUACAACCAAGAAGCAGGAGGCGCAGAAUGCAAGACUGCGCCAUCUUUGCUGCUGACACCUUCAAAGGACUUUGUGAUAAAUGGACUAAAACAGGAAACGAUGCAGAUGGCUAGGAUGACUCCGGUAAUGAUUGAAGACAACUUAGGGAUGAUGAACUCUGACAUGGCAUCUAUGGGCCAACAAUAUCACAGAGAGUCUUUCCGAGGCAACAACGGGUGCAACAUAUACGCUACACAGUCCGCAAACAAGAACAUGUACCAGAGAGGCUCAUUGCCAUAUCAACGGGCAAGCAGCUGGCUGACCCAUCCUAACAUUUCAGAUUACCUCAACAAGAGACUGCGUAUAAUUGACGGAAACCCUGUCGACCACCCAGAAUAUCAACCGCAUGCCUACGUCUAUGAGGGAGAAGAUAGCAGGUGUCGAUCACUGGAUGAGCUGUCUUUCAGCAUCCGUGGAGAGGACUUUGAGUUUUUGAAUGAUUUGGGACCAAGGUUUAAGCCAUUGGGGAGCAUAUGCAACCAAAUUAUGCAGGAAAAAAGCAUGGAAAUUUAAAAAGGGCUACAUUGGACAAUUAUGUAUUUGUUUGAAGUAAUUACUGGCACCUUAGCAUGUGAAGCCUUGUUGCUGCCUGGGGUGAGCACACGUGGUUGAAAAACCGGUCACCGGUUUGGGUUGGGAGGGGGGAUAGCUCGGAAGCUUGUUGCUGGUUGGCCUCGAUAUACAUUACAUCAGGCAUCUGUUACGUUGUAUGGAAAUAUUUGUUAUUGGGAUGGGGUGGGUGACCCUUACCCUGAACCCCCCCCCCCCCCCCUGUCUCACACCAUUGUUGCUAAUUAUGUUGGUAGCAAAAUAAGAAUUAUUCUUUCCAAAAAUGUAACUUUGUUCUGGAAAGAAUUUCUGCAUGAGAAAAGAAGACUAAAUACACUUUUUGUAUACUUUCCAACUUGAUUUGCAUGAGAAUAGGUUGAAUUGCUUGUCUUUUUAUUUUAUUUAGGGUGCUCAUUUUGUAUUAUUUCUAUAUCGUGGGAGUUUGAGUUCUCUCCGUGCCGGUUCUCAGGACAGCGGUAUUUUCAAGCAUACAUUUGUUUAUAAAAGCACAUUUAACUAAAUUGGUGUUUAUUUUGACCAACCCAGGGGUGUAUGUACCCAAGGUGUGACUCCAGCACUCCCUCAACCCCAGUGAGGAAAAACGGCUCAGAGAAUCGAUGGAAUUUGACGUCCUAUAGAAAUAAUCAGAGCAGAUUCGGGAUGGUGGUGAUUCUGAUUAUCAGAUGGUCUUUCAUAUUGACACUGUCUUUGUUCAGUAUACAAACGCACUCGCCACACCUAGCAGUUAUGUUUUGAGUUCGCUGUUAAUCAGCAUCUCACUCCAAUACUAACAAAAUUCAUUCAUUGCACCUGACUCAUAUCAUGAAUGUUUAUUUUAGAAAUAACUAACUGCUGUCUGUGGUGAAGGUGUAAUAGGUACAUGUCAGAAUGACGUCUGAGUCAUGCCAAGCGUUUUCUUUUCACACUGUUUGAAUAAUACUGCUGAUGACAUGAAGGAAACUUUAAUCUUGGAUUAAAAAUUAACAACUCUCCAGUAUACUGACGCACCUUUAAAUUGACAGUAAAGUUUUUUUUUCAUUGUGACAAAGCACUUGAGAUUCUUUGGAAAUUCAAUAAAAAUGACUUAAGUAAUCA